AUGCCAGCAAAUGACCUUCUAGCCUCUCUACUCAAGAAUGCUUCUAUUUCAGCCGCCAUUGCGGUCGGCUUAUACGCGACGCUGUUGGGCCUACUGACAACGCAAACAUUCCAAUCCCACGUGGUGUAUCUGCAUGCCAUCGAAAUGACAUGGUUUAAAGACCUCAAUGUCCCUGAAACCUUUGGCUUUCUACGCAAUCAGGUCACCCCUUUUACAAUCCGGACCCCGGAUGGGGAGCAGCUUUACGCCUGGCACAUCCUGCCGGUGGAACUGUACCGCCAACACGAACAAUCCCUGGUUGCAGAGCCCGCAGGAUUGGUCUCCGAUAUAAACUCCCGGCUCUCCUUCCAGCUUCUGCGCGACGACCCUGACGCUCGCCUGAUCUUGCACAUGCAUGGUGCCGGGGGCACGGUGGGUUCCGGAUAUCGCGUUCCCAACUACCGGGUGCUGUGCGCUGGCCAGCCGGAGAAGAUCCAUGUUCUCACUUUUGAUUAUCGGGGGUUUGGGCGGAGUACUGGUCAACCCUCGGAGGCGGGCCUGAUCACCGACGCCCGUGCGGUGGUCGACUGGGCCAUGACGGUCGCUGGCAUUCCCCCCUCUCGCAUUCUCAUCUUCGGUCAAUCUAUGGGGACUGCCGUCAGCCUUGCCAUCACCCGUGACCUUGCUGUCCAAUCUCCACCCGUGGUGUUUGCUGGCACCGUGCUGGUGGCCCCGUUUGUCGAUGUUGCGACGUUGGUUUUGACCUAUCGUGUAGCAGGCAUCAUUCCGAUCCUGUCUCCACUUGCGCGCUUCCCAUGGCUUUUCGAAUCCCUGCAGCGCUUUAUUCGGGACAAAUGGCUGAGCAAGGAUCGCAUUGCCGAGUACGUGCGGGCCAACGAACAGAACGGGAAAGGAUACCACCUAACCAUCAUUCACGCGGAAGACGACUAUGACAUUCCUUCGCACCACAGCCAAGCCGUGUUCUGGCAUGCAGUCCGAGGAACUGUACCUGGAGGCAUCAGCUAUGAAGAGCUAGAGCUUAGGAAACUAGACGCCAAAGUAGACCUUGGCGCUGCUGGCACUACUGGCUUGCAUGAUGCUAUUAUGGGGUAUCCGGUAGUUACCAUGGCCGUUAUGCGUGCCUUCGAAUCCGUAAACCCGACGUCGACGGGUUUGCUCCACGGAAACUAG